GGACGCGGUAGAAGCGAGCUCGUGUGCCAGGCCUGGGCUCCUCUGUGUCCUUCCCCGGGGCAGGGACGAAGCAGUGACUUGACGCUUGGUCGCUGAGCCCGGCAGGGAACACAGAAGGCCGCCGUUCCUCCUAUCCGGUUUACCUAACCCUUCUUCCUCCUGCUGCACCCGUGGCCGCCGUGGUCGGCUCCGGGACUGACAGUCUAGGGCCAGGGUGGCGGUCGCGGCCUCCAGGGCUGUGAAGAAGCCGCAGCCCUCGGGGCGGCGGUAGCGGAGUCAGCGCUGGGGAGAAGGGAAGAUGGCGUCGGAGCUGGAACCCGAGGUGCAGGCCAUAGACCGGAGUUUGCUGGAAUGUUCGGCUGAAGAGAUCGCGGGGAAAUGGCUUCAAGCAACUGACCUCACUAGAGAAGUAUACCAGCAUUUAGCCCACUAUGUACCCAAAAUCUACUGCAGGGGUCCCAACCCCUUCCCACAGAAAGAAGACAUGCUAGUACAGCAUGUUCUGUUGGGACCCAUGGAAUGGUACCUUUGUGGUGAAGAUCCUGCAUUUGGAUUUUCAAAACUUGAACAAGCAAACAAACCUUCUCAUCUUUGUGGUCGUGUUUUUAAAGUAGGAGAACCUACAUACUCUUGCAGAGACUGUGCAGUUGAUCCAACUUGUGUUUUAUGCAUGGAGUGCUUUUUGGGAAGUGUCCACAGAGAUCAUCGAUACAGGAUGACGACAUCAGGAGGUGGUGGUUUCUGUGACUGUGGUGAUACUGAAGCUUGGAAAGAAGGUCCUUACUGUCAGAAACAUGAACUUAACACAUCUGAAACUGAGGAAGAAGAGGAUCCUCUGGUGCAUUUAUCAGAAGACAUGAUAGCAAGAACUUAUAACAUUUUUGCUAUUAUGUUUCGGUAUGCAGUAGAGAUAUUAACCUGGGAAAAAGAAGGGGAAUUGCCAACAGAUUUAGAGAUGGUAGAGAAGAACGACACCUACUAUUGCAUGCUGUUUAAUGAUGAAGUUCACACCUAUGAGCAAGUUAUUUAUACUCUUCAGAAAGCUGUUAACUGUACACAAAAAGAAGCCAUUGGCUUUGCAACUACAGUAGAUCGAGAUGGGCGUAGGUCUGUUAGAUAUGGAGACUUCCAGUAUUGUGAACAAGCAAAAUCAGUGAUUGUGAGGAAUACCAGUCGACAGACCAAGCCACUCAAAGUUCAAGUUAUGCAUUCGUCUAUUGUUGCACAUCAAAAUUUUGGUUUGAAACUUUUAUCUUGGCUGGGAAGUAUUAUUGGAUAUUCUGAUGGCCUUCGCCGAAUUUUAUGCCAAGUUGGUUUGCAAGAAGGGCCAGAUGGUGAAAAUUGUUCUCUUGUGGAUAGAUUGAUGCUUAGUGAUUCCAAAUUGUGGAAAGGUGUUAGGAGUGUGUAUCAUCAAUUAUUCAUGAGCAGUCUUCUUAUGGAUUUGAAAUAUAAGAAACUGUUUGCUAUUCGAUUUGCAAAAAACUAUGAGCGUUUGCAGAGUGAUUAUGUGACAGAUGACCACGACAGAGAGUUUUCAAUCGCAGACCUCUCGGUACAGAUAUUCACAGUCCCUUCGCUUGCUCGAAUGCUCAUCACAGAAGAAAAUCUGAUGACCAUUAUCAUUAAGACUUUUAUGGAUCAUUUAAGGCACCGAGAUGCCCAGGGAAGGUUUCAGUUUGAACGAUACACUGCUUUGCAAGCUUUCAAGUUUCGAAGAGUUCAGAGCCUUAUUUUGGAUCUCAAGUAUGUGUUAAUUAGCAAGCCAACUGAGUGGUCAGAUGAGCUGAGGCAGAAGUUCCUAGAAGGGUUUGAUGCCUUUUUGGAAUUACUGAAAUGUAUGCAGGGAAUGGAUCCAAUUACACGUCAAGUAGGACAGCAUAUUGAAAUGGAACCCGAGUGGGAAGCAGCCUUUACGCUACAAGUGAAAUUAACACAUGUCAUUUCAAUGAUGCAGGACUGGUGUGCAUUAGACGAAAAAGUACUAAUUGAAGCUUACAAGAAAUGCCUCACUGUAUUGAUGCAGUGUCACAGUGGUUUUACUGAUGGUGAACAGCCGAUCACACUCAGCAUUUGUGGACAUUCAGUGGAAACGAUCAGAUACUGUGUUUCCCAAGAAAAAGUUAGCAUUCACCUCCCAGUUUCUCGCUUACUUGCAGGUUUGCAUGUUUUAUUAAGUAAAAGUGAAGUGGCAUAUAAAUUUCCAGAGCUUCUACCUCUAGGUGAACUUAGCCCACCCAUGUUGAUAGAACAUCCUCUUAGAUGUCUUGUUUUAUGUGCCCAAGUACAUGCUGGAAUGUGGAGAAGAAAUGGGUUCUCUCUAGUAAAUCAGAUUUUUUAUUACCAUAAUGUGAAAUGCAGACGGGAGAUGUUUGACAAGGAUAUAGUAAUGCUUCAGACAGGUGUCUCUAUGAUGGAUCCAAACCAUUUCCUGAUGAUAAUGCUUAGCCGCUUUGAACUUUAUCAGAUUUUUAGUACUCCAGAAUAUGGAAAAAGAUUUAGUUCGGAGAUUACCCAUAAGGAUGUUGUACAGCAGAACAACACUCUAAUAGAAGAGAUGCUAUAUCUAAUUAUAAUGCUUAUUGGAGAGAGAUUUACUCUUGGAGUUGGGCAGGUAAAUGCUACAGAUGAAAUUAAGCGGGAGAUUAUCCAUCAGUUGAGCAUCAAACCAAUGGCUCAUAGUGAACUGGUAAAGUCUUUACCUGAAGAUGAGAACAAAGAAACUGGCAUGGAGAGUGUAAUUGAAGCAGUUGCCCAUUUCAGGAAACCUGGAUUAACAGGACGAGGCAUGUACGAACUGAAACCAGAGUAUGCCCAAGAGUUCAACUUGUAUUUCUAUCACUUUUCAAGGGCAGAUCAGUCUAAGGCAGAGGAAGCUCAACGGAAAUUGAAAAGACAAAAUAGGGAAGAUACAGCACUUCCACCUCCAGUUUUGCCUCCAUUCUGCCCUUUGUUUGCAAGUUUGGUCAACAUUUUGCAAUCAGAUGUCAUGUUGUGUAUCAUGGGAACAAUACUGCAGUGGGCUGUUGAACAUAAUGGAUAUGCCUGGUCAGAGUCCAUGCUGCAAAGGGUAUUGCAUUUAAUUGGAAUGGCAUUACAAGAAGAAAAACAACAUUUAGAGAAUGUCACAGAAGAGCAUGUGGUAACAUUUACCUUCACUCAGAAGAUAUCAAGACCUGGUGAAGCACCAAACAACUCUCCUAGCAUACUAGCUAUGCUGGAAACACUACAAAAUGCUCCCUACCUACAAGUUCACAAAGACAUGAUUAGGUGGAUUUUGAAGACUUUUAAUACUAUUAAGAAGAUAAGGGAGAGUUCGUCUACCAGUCCUGUGGCAGAGACAGAAGGCACUAUAAUGGAAGAGAGUUCAAGAGACAAAGACAAAGCUGAGAGAAAGAGAAAAGCUGAGAUUGCCAGGCUGCGCAGAGAAAAGAUCAUGGCCCAAAUGUCUGAGAUGCAGAGGCAUUUUAUUGAUGAGAACCGAGAACUUUUUCAGCAGACAUUAGAACUGGAUGCGUCGACCUCUGCUGUUUUUGAUAACAGUCCUAUGGUUUCAGAUAUGAUACUUACAGCAUUGGGCCCAGCCCAAACACAGGUCUCUGAACAAAGGCAAUUUGUUACCUGUAUAUUGUGUCAAGAAGAACAAGAAGUUAAAGUGGAAAGUAGGGCAAUGGUCUUGGCAGCAUUUGUUCAGAGAUCAACUGUAAUGUCAAAAAACAGAAGUAAAUUCAUUCAGGAUCCAGAAAAAUAUGAUCCAUUAUUCAUGCACCCUGAUCUGUCUUGUGGAACACACACUGGUAGCUGUGGGCACAUUAUGCAUGCCCAUUGUUGGCAAAGGUAUUUUGAUUCCGUUCAAGCUAAAGAACAGCGAAGACAACAGAGAUUACGUUUACAUACAAGCUAUGAUGUAGAGAAUGGAGAAUUCCUUUGUCCCCUUUGUGAAUGCUUGAGUAAUACUGUUAUUCCUCUGCUGCUUCCUCCAAGAAAUAUUUUUAAUAGCAGGUUAAAUUUUUCAGAUCAACCAAAUCUGACUCAAUGGAUUAGAACAGUAUCUCAGCAAAUAAAGGCAUUACAGGUUCUUAGGAAAGAAGAAAGUACUCCUACUCCUGACUCUUCAAAGAAUUCAGAAAAUAUGGGUAAAUUACAGCUCCCUGAAGGAUUUAGACCUGAUUUUCAUCCUAAGAACCCUUAUUCUGAGAGCAUAAAAGAAAUGCUAACAACAUUUGGAACUGCUACUUACAAGGUGGGACUAAAGGUCCAUCCAAAUGAAGAGGAUCCCCGUGUAUCCAUAAUGUGCUGGGGCAGUUGUGCAUAUACCAUCCAAAGCAUAGAAAGAAUUUUAAGUGAUGAAGAUAAACCAUUGUUUGGUCCUUUGCCUUGCAGACUGGAUGACUGUCUUAGAUCACUGACAAGAUUUGCAGCAGCACAUUGGACAGUUGCAUCCCUCUCGGUAGUACAACGACACUUUUGCAAACUUUUUGCAUCAUUGGUGCCUAAUGAGAACCAUGGAGAUCUUCCAUGCAUAUUAGAUAUCGACAUGUUUCACUUACUGGUGGGCUUGCUGCUCGCUUUCCCUGCGCUGCAGUGUCAGGAUUUUUCAGGCAUCAGCCUUGGCACUGGAGACCUUCACAUCUUCCAUCUGGUCACCAUGGCGCACAUCAUCCAGAUCUUACUUACCUCCUGUACAGAAGAGAAUGGCAUGGAUCAAGAAAAUCCUACUGGUGAAGAAGAAUUAGCGGUUCUUGGUUUGUAUAAAACACUUCGCCAGUACACAGGAAGUGCCUUGAAAGAAAUACCCUCAGGCUGGCAUCUGUGGAGGAGUGUCAGAGCUGGCAUCAUGCCUUUCCUGAAGUGUUCCGCUUUGUUUUUUCAUUAUUUAAAUGGAGUUCCAUUCCCAUCCGAAGUUCAAGUUACUGGGACAAGCCAUUUUGAACAUUUAUGUAACUAUCUUUCCCUACCAACCAACCUCAUUUGCCUUUUUCAAGAAAACAGCGAAAUAAUGAAUUCACUGAUUAAAAGUUGGUGUCAUCACAAUGAAGUUACAAGGUAUCUAGAAGGUGAAAGAGAUGCUAUAAGCUAUCCAAGAGAAUCUAACAAAUUAAUAGACCUACCAGAGGAUUACAGCAGCCUCAUUAAUCAAGCAUCUAAUUUCUCGUGCCCCAAAUCAGGUGGGGAUAAGAGCAGAGCCCCCACACUGUGCCUUGUAUGUGGAAGCCUGCUGUGCUCCCAGAGCUACUGCUGCCAGACAGAGCUGGAAGGGGAGGACGUGGGAGCCUGCACAGCACACACCUACUCCUGUGGCUCUGGGGUGGGCAUCUUCCUGAGAGUACGAGAAUGUCAGGUGCUAUUUUUAGCCGGAAAAACCAAAGGCUGUUUUUAUGCUCCUCCUUACCUUGAUGACUAUGGGGAAACAGACCAGGGACUCAAACGGGGCAAUCCUUUACACUUGUGCACAGAGCGGUUUAAGAAGAUCCAGAAGCUCUGGCAGCAACACAGCAUCACAGAGGAAAUUGGCCACGCACAGGAAGCCAAUCAGACACUGGUUGGCAUUGACUGGCAGCAUUUAUAA